AUGACGGCAUCGACGACGUCCCCGCCGUCCCUCGACGAGGUGCCAGAAGAUGCCCAUGGGGUUCCGGAGCAUGACACCCUCAAAUACUCUCUCUUGGGUCCAUCUCUUACAAAAGCUGGGCAGGAUGCUGUCGAUCAGUCCAAGGUAUCCGAGAUCAUCUACAACGCCUCGAAAGGAUCAAAAUUCUUCAAUCGUGAAGAAGAACGCGACAAGACCUUGACAAAGAAGAUUGAACAAAUCCUCGAAAAGAAAUGCCACCUCGAGAAGCAAGACCUCAGUCGAGAGCUUCGCCUCGCUGACCAGCUCAUCACACAGUUGGAGAUGUCCCGAGAUCUCACUCAAUACAUCGUGCACAUCGACUGCGAUGCAUUUUAUGCUGCCGUUGAACUGCUAGACCGGCCCGAACUCAAAGAUAUCCCCUUCGCUGUUGGCGGCGGUGUUCUGACAACGUGUAAUUACGUUGCGCGAAAGUAUGGAUGUCGAAGUGGGAUGGCUGGGUUCGUCGCCAAGAAGCUAUGCCCCGAACUGGUCCUGCUCAAGCUCAACUUUGAGAAGUACACGGCAAAGGCACACGAGGUCCGCGAGAUCCUAGUCGAAUACGACCCUCGAUUCGAGAGUGCGAGUAUUGACGAGGCGUACUUGAAUAUUACGGAAUACUGCACGAAUAAGGGGAUCGAGCCGGCCGAAGCCGUGGAGCAAAUGCGGCGAGAGGUCCACGAGAGAACCAAGAUCACAGUUUCAGCGGGCAUCGCAGCAAAUGCGAAGCUUGCCAAAAUCUGUUCGAACAUGAACAAGCCGAACGGCCAGUUUGUUCUCCCAAAUGAUCGAGGCGAAAUCUUGCGUUUCAUGGCAAAGCUUCCCCCCAGAAAGGUCAAUGGCGUUGGUCGUGUGCUUGAGCGGCAGUUGGCCGAAAUUGGUAUCAAGACUUGCGCGGACAUCUACCCUUAUCGCCAAUUCCUCCGACCGCUCUUUGGCGACAAGGCGUACGAAUUCCUGAUCAAUGUUCAUCUCGGCCUAGGGCGCACCAAGAUCCAGCCGGCAGAGGAGUAUGAGAGGAAAAGCGUCGGCACCGAGAGCACUUUCAAAGAUAUGUCUGAUCCCCAGCAAUUCAGAGAAAAGCUGAAAUGGACUGCGGAGGAGUUGGAGAAGGACAUGAAGAGGGCAGAAGUCAAGGGUCGCACGCUGGUUCUCAAGGUGAAGCUUCACACGUACGAGAUCUUUACGCGACAAAUCGUGUUACCGAGAGCCAUCUGUCUAGCUGAUGACCUUUAUCAUUUCUCCGUCCCCAUCUUGGCGAAGUUGGAGGAGGAAAUGCCAGGCAUGAUGCUGCGCCUCAUGGGUUUACGAUGUACGCACCUUGUCAGCACGAAGAAGCCAGAUACGAUGGCAUUCUUUGGUUUCAGAUCACGAAGACCUGAUGCUGCGGCCUCGCCUGAGAAGGCUUCAAAGCCUAUGCACUCUGGAGCCAGCGGUGAACUUGACGAUGACGGCUGGGAGCGAUGGCCCGAGGAAGAACUUUUGGGGCUUGAUAAUCAUGAAGAUUUCCAAACAGUUGACAUCGAGAGCGAUGGCACGAACCUCGACAGCAAACCAAGCCCAGCUAGAAGGCACGGCAAAGAGAUUUUGCCGAAUCCUGUGCCGGAAUACGCACCCGUCAACGAUGAGAUGUGGGAUUGCCCAAUUUGCAAUCGCCCACAGUUGCCGGAUGAACGUCAGUUCAACGAGCACAUCGACCUUUGCCUCUCAAGGCAGACCAUUCGCGAAGCCGUGCACGAGGACAAGCCCUCUGCGCCGCUCUCGAGGUCAACGACGCCGGACGUGAAGAAGGUCAAGGUCGGCGGAGAGAAGAAACGCGGCAGGCCACCCGCGAGGCCGUCGAGUGACGACCCACGGCAGAAGAAGCUUUGUUUUGGAUAA